AUGUUCUGCACUUGUUUCACACUGCAUUUGAAUACAAUCGAUGUGCAACAGCAUGUACGUUUAGCGCGCGAAUGGGACGUGCGUGGUUACUUAAAUGCAAUGGCUACCUGGAUGGUGAUUUUGCUGGUGGGAGUGAUAACGGAGCAAGGAUAUGGUUGGAAUCUUCCCAACACGUAUUAUCAAGGAGCUGGCAAUGGAUACGUUGGAGGACGUAACGGUGGUACGCUAAGCAAUCAGGCUCUAGCAGGUGCCAGUGCUGGUUCGUGGAAUGCGGGUGGAGUUGGUAGUGUUGGUGGUGGAUACCCGUUUCAAGGCCAAUCAGGUGGAGAUUAUUUUAUUUAAGGAAUUUCCGGUGGAGUCGAUCGAACUAGAGACUUUGCAGGCAAUCAGUGGACAGGUGGCAAUGGUAGAGGAGGAUCAACAGGAGGACUAGUAGGUGGCGUGUCUACUGAUAGCGUUGGAGCGGAUAGAACAGGUUAUCAGCAGGGAGGGGCAAUUAGUUCUUCAGUUCCUUUAGCUACAGGUUCUGAAGGUGUUGUUGGGGGGUACAACAAUCAAGGUUCCAAUUUUGGUCCAGGUCAGUUUAAUCCUAACCAUAACAAUGGACCAGCCCCGGAUACUGAUGGAGGUGCUUUUGGAGCAUCGGGAGCAGGGUUUGGAGCAGGGGGAGCUUAUCAUCACGGUAACCGUCUCGAUACAGCAACGUACGGACGUCCUUCAAUAAACAGCGGUCCCUCCGUUGAACCAUGGCGCUACGGAGUUCCAGCUAGUUACGGUGGUUAUGGGGGAACAAGAUGGCCCUGGCAUGGCAAUGGCUACGUUUACCGGGUCCCAGUAGCCCACGUUAAUCCGGACGGAAGUUAUAGCUUUUCCUACUACACACCACAUUCGUCUCGUGAAGAAGUCGGUCACAGUAAUGGGAAUGUCGAAGGAACCUAUGGUUUCCAGAACGAUGGUGCAAAGCACAAUUUCUCCUUCAAUGCAGGACCGGAUGUAGAUUUGCGGUCAACCAUCGGUAACACCCGGGCUGGUGCUCUCAAUCCGGAGGAGUAUGGACCACAGUCGGUUCAUUCGCGGGCCCGUUUACCAUUAGCACCAGCAUCCUUCCGACCGGGUGCUCAGCUUCCCAACAGUUGGUCCAGCAGAGGCGGUGUUGAUGGUGGAACAGUCACUGAUGGUGAAAAUGCAAAUGAUCAAAGUACACUUGCCGUUGUUGGGCUACCGAAAACCUCCACGGAAGCAACCGAUAUCUCACAGCCUACUACACCCAAUCAAAUAGUGCGUGGAUCAACGGAACCGGUUGGUACAAACGAUCUUGAUGGACGUUUAUCUCAACCAAAUGAUGCCGGUUUGACAGGGGUUCAAGGUGUGACCCAGGAUGGAACAGUAACAACCGUUCGUCCUCUGGAUGGUUCAGUGGAACAAGUGGUAACGCGUCCUGAAAAUGAAGUACCCUCCUAUAGCAAUGAAAUCAGUCAAAAUGGAGGUGCUCGAGAUGGUGGUGCUGCUCCAAUUGAUAGAUCGUACCGUUUCGGUUACCAAACACCGGAUGCGGCACGCGAGGAAGCAGCCGAUCAGGAUGGAAACGUUCGUGGAUCGUUUUCGUACAAUAAUGAGGUAGGUCGUAAUGAUCUGCAGUAUGUAGCCGGAGCUGGUAUGGGCUUUCGUCCAACCGGGGGAAGUUUAUCCGUACCGAAUGGUUUACCCGCGGCUGGUUCUGUUUUUGGCGGUGAUGGUACACUAAAUGGUGCUGGUUUUGGUGAUGAUGGCGGAUCUUCCGCAUUUCAAAAUCAAGGAGGACAAGUUGGUGCUGGAGUAGAAGGAUCUUUCAGAGGAGUUGGAUUUGCAGCGGAUGGACGCCGAUUGGCUUCAGGCAAUCAAGGAACACAAUUCGGUACUGGAGUAGGAAAUGAUUUUGGAGGAGCUACUGAUUUUGGAGCUUCCGGCAGUCAAGCAGCACAACUCGGUGCUGGAGCAGGAGGAUCAGGAGGGUCUUUCGGUACAGGCUUUGGAGGUGAUGGACGCUCAUUGGCUUCCGGUAAUCAAGGAACACAAUUUGGCGUUGGAACAGGUGGAUCAGGAGGGCCUUUUGGUACAGGUUUUGGAAGUGAUGGACGCUCAUUGGCCUCCAGUAAUCAAGGAACACAGCUCGGUACUGGAGCAGGAGGAUCAGGAGGAUCUUCUGGUACAGGAUUUGGAGGUGAUGGACGCUCAUUGGCUUCCGGUAAUCAAGGAACACAAUUUGGCAUUGGGACAGGAGGAUUAGGAGGAUCAGGAGGAUCAGGAGGAUCUUUUGGCCCAGUAUUAGGUGGCGAUAGAAACUCAUUGCCUUCCGGUGAUCAGGGAACACAGCUCGGUACUAGAGCAGGAGGAUCAGGAGGAUCUUUUGGUACAGGUUUUGGAGGUGAUGGACGCUCAUUGGCUUCCGGUAAUCAAGGAACACAAUUUGGAGCUGGAACAGGAGGAUCGGAAGGAUCUUAUGAUAUAGGUUUUGGAAGUGAUGGGCGCUCAUUGGCUUCUGGUAAUCAAGGAACACAAUUUGGCGUUGGAACAGGAGGAUCAGGAGGAUCUUUCGGUACGGGCUUUGGAGGCGAUGGACGCCCAUUGGCUUCCGGUAAUCAAGGAACACAAUUUGGCGUUGGAACAGGAGAGUCAGGAGGAUCUUUCGGUACGGGCUUUGGAGGUGAUGGGCGCUCAUUGGCUUCCGGUAAUCAAGGAACACAAUUUGGCGUUGGAACGGGAGAGUCAGGAGGAUCUUUCGGUACGGGCUUUGGAGGUGAUGGGCGCUCAUUGGCUUCUGGUAAUCAAGGAACACAAUUUGGAGCUGGAACAAGUAAUGCCUUUGGAGGAAACGGAAAGGCUUUCGAUACAGGCUAUGGCAACCAAGGGACACAGUUUGGAGCUGGAGGAAACUUUGGAGGAUCUGAUGGAAGGUCGUUUGGCUUUGGUAAUCAAGCAGGACAAGGAUUCUCCCCACUAGGUAGAGGAGCAACGGGUGGUUUUACUGGUAGUCAAGGAACCACACGUAACCCAGUAACUAGAAGCCCACCGGUAAAUGCGUUCAACGGUUUCACUGGUUCUGUUCCAUCAGCUUCUAGAGAGGACGGAACAGAAGAGAACACUACCAUAAACGCCGAAGAUUCUGAUCAAACAACAACGUUCGGUGGUUACGGUGAUGUGCAAUCUGGCUCUGGUUUGUUCACCAACGGAAACCGUCGUUUAAUUCAGUGA